AUGGGGACUGCUUAUGUUCUCCUCUACGUCGACGACAUCAUCCUCACAGCUUCUACAUCGACCCUGCUUGAGCGCGUCAUUACCGCUCUCGGCGCCGAGUUUGCCAUGACCGAUUUGGGCGAGCUACACCACUUCCUCGGCCUUGCUGUCCGUCGUGACUCCAGUGGGAUGUUCCUCUCGCAGACACAGUAUGCUCUCGAGAUUCUCGAGCGUGCUGGCAUGAGCUCCUGCCACCCUGCCUCAACACCCGUGGAGACAUCGCCUAAGCUGGCCGCUGCCGCCGGCUCACCUGUUGCUGAUCCUUUGGAGUAUCCGAGUCUAGCUGGUGCUCUUCAGUACCUGACGUUCACACGUCCUGACAUCGCCUACGCCGUCCAGCAGAUUUGUCUUCACAUGCAUGAUCCCCGUGACCAGCACUUGACCUUGGUCAAGCGUGUUCUGCGCUACGUCAAGGGUACCAUGCACCACGGCCUUCAGCUCACACCCUCAUCCACGGAUCGCCUUGUUGCUUACACUGAUGCAGACUGGGCUGGUUGUCCUGACACUCGCCGAUCGACCUCUGGCUACUGUGUGUUCCUUGGUGACAACCUGGUCUCGUGGUCCUCCAAGCGCCAGCAAACCGUCUCCCGCUAG